UUCAGUUGAAUAUCGGUGAAAAUGAUACGAUCGGCAGAGCCAUGCUCCUGCCCCAUUCAGGAGGUCGGGCCAUCCAUGGCCGCCUCCUGCGGGGGGCAGUUCAUGCUCUUCAUGACCGUCCUGGAGGCCUUCAUCAACGGCCGCUGCGACCUCGCGGACCCCUGCAACAGGGUCACCAGUGAAACCCCCGACAGUCUGUUGGACAGCUACGACUUUAUAGUCGUGGGUGGCGGGACUGCGGGCCCGGUGGUUGCUGCGAGGUUGUCGGAGAAUCCACAGUGGAAGGUACUUUUAAUAGAGGCGGGUGGGGACGAACCGACACAAUCUUCAGUGCCAGCAUGGGUGACCGCUUACUGGGGUCGACCGGACACGGAUUGGCUGUACAAGACAGAAGCUCAAGAGAAAGCUUGCCUAUCUGAAGGCUCGUAUUGCAGUUGGCCCAGGGCCAAGAUGUUGGGCGGAUGUUCAGUAAUCAACGGCAUGAUGUACAUGCGAGGGCACGCGGCAGACUAUGACGGGUGGGCAAUAGAGGGCGCGACCGGCUGGUCCUGGUACGACGUGCUACCUUUCUUCCUGAAGAGCGAGGACAAUAGGGAGAUCGGAGACGGGGUGUCCAGCCAGUAUCACAAUACUGGUGGGCCGUUGCCGGUUCAGAAGUUCCGACACGCACCAAAGUUCGCGCACGACGUGGUGUCCGCGGCGAUCGAGCUGGGCUAUCCACCCACCAGCGACCUCAAUGGGGAGACGAUCACUGGCUUCACUAUCGCACAAACCCUCAACGACAACGGCUCCCGGUUCAGCACCGCCCGCGCCUUCCUCAGACCCGCGUCCAAACGCGAGAACCUUCAUGUCCUGCUCAAUGCCCACGUUGCCAAAGUACGCAUAGACCCCAACACGAAGAAGGUCAUGGGAGUCGAGUACAUCAAGGACAAGCAGACGAAUUUUGUCAAAGCCAGCAAGGAGGUGGUCCUAUCAGCCGGCACUCUGAACUCCCCCCAAAUCCUCAUGCUCUCCGGCGUGGGUCCCAAAGAGAUGCUCCAGAAAGUCAACAUCCCCGUGGUCAAGGACCUGCCUGGCGUAGGCCAGAACCUUCACAACCACGUGGGCGUGGGUCUCGAUUUUACCUUAACCAAGGAGCCUCAGAUUGCCGACGUGGACUGGGCCAGCGCAACUCAGUAUCUGUUGAAUAGAGAUGGGCCCUUGUCUUCUACUGGUUUGUCUCAGCUCACAGGCAUAGUGAACUCGAAGUACGCAGCGAGAGGCGGCCGUCACCCCGACAUACAGUUCUUCUUCGGUGGCUACUACGCGUCCUGUAGUGAUGGCGUCGCGACUGAUCCCGAGAAAGUAAAGGACAUCGACGAGAGAAGAAGUGUAUCCAUAUCGGCCAUAGCCUUGCAGCCACGCAGCCGAGGUUACCUCGCCCUGCGUUCAGCCGACCCGCUACAGCCACCGCUCAUGCAGCCCAACUAUUUCUUCCAUGAACAUGAGUUGGAUGUCUUGGUUGAUGCAGCUUGGAUCGCUCAUAGGCUGGCUAAUACUACCAUUAUGCGAGAAAAAUACGGCAUGGAGCCGUCAAAACGCGAAGACUGCCAGGAAUUCGAGCAACCUUCUGACGAGUACUUCAGAUGCCUAGCCAAGCACUACACGGCGCCCGAGAACCACCAAGUAGGCACGUGCAAGAUUGGGGCCAAGACUGACCUGAUGGCUGUUGUGGAUCCGGAGCUUAAGGUGUAUGGAAUUCAAGGUCUGCGCGUUGCUGACGCGUCUGUGAUGCCUGUGGUGCCAUCGGGUAACACAGCAGCCCCUACCAUCAUGAUAGCCGAGCGAGCGGCCCAGUUCAUAAUGUCGCGGUACUCCCGCCUCAAGAACAAAUUCGGCAACGCUGCCACCACUGACAGCCUCAACAACCGGUUCGGCAGCGAUGCUAGCUCUACUGAUAGGGCGACCACUGAUAAAAGCUUUGGAGAGUCGUCCAAAACGGCGCAGUCGAUUUAUUUCCAACCCAAAUGGAGGUACAAUCCCAAUGAGAAAUACGAUUACGAUAAUCACUAUAAUCCGGACAGAUGGUACGGUCACAAAGACUGGAAGAUACCCUCCUGGCAGGACGCCGACUGGAAGCAAGGCUACCACGGCUACCACGACGAGCAGAAAUAUAAGGAGAAGUUUGUGGACGGCAGCUACAGGGACAAGUAUGAUGAUCACUACCCUGACAAGUACACGGGAUCCAAUCUAGAUUGGACCACGGUUGGAUAUCCAAACGAUUAUACGCACGGCCAUUAAAAGUAACUUUUGAGGUCCCUUUGACAUAAUUAUUGAAAGUCAUAAUGUAAUGAUUGUCAGAUUAUCAUUAGUCUUAAUUCUGAAACCGUUAACUUUUCAGGAUUUUCGUAAGGUUAUCUUAUAGAUAGGUCAUCUGGCGUAUUAUGGCUAGCUUUAUCCAUCUUUAUCCACGUGAUAACUGUCACUGUUUAACACCGUGGGAUAGAAAGUGACGGACACAGUUUUAUCACGCUGUCACAUAGACAAGAACGACCAUCAUAUCCGUACAUUAGGUUAGGUUUGUUUUAUGGCAAUCCUGAAAAGUUACGCGUUUCUGAGAAAAAACAAAUUAUGAUUAACGAAAAUGUGGAGAAACAAUACAUUAUCAAUAGAGACCCGUAACGUUUAUUUAGUAACUAAUUAAAUUAGCCAAGACUUCGUAGAAAAACAUAGAUUCAAUCCUCCAGUCCAGUCUAUGAAUUUUUAUAACAGAAAACUUUUGUUAAUGAUUUUGAAUGACCCCGUAAGGUAUUUUUUUAACUUUUUCCGUUUAUAAUUAUUAUAGUUCAUACUACAAAAAAAAAAUGGCCAAAACAGCAGAAUAGUAAAUAUCAAAUUGAAACUCAAUUUUGAGUUUCUAAAGGUAUUUGUGUAUUUUUCGAUGGCUUACACAGUAUAAGUAUGUGUGUGUAACUGUGUGUAUGUGUGGUUCAUAAAAAAAAGAGUGUACCCAUGUUUGUGUAAAGGCAUUUAAUUAUAGUACAAACUUACAAAUUAAGCGUAAAUUCAUGAACACUACUGAAUAUGCUAGAAAAAAGAUCUUAGUUAUUUCUUCAUUUCUAUUACCCGUUUUUUCUAGCCCAUUCGUACUGUAUCUAGUUAAUUACUGUAGAAACAAUUAAUAAAUUGUUAAUUCAUU